GUGUGUAUAUAUUAGUUUUCUCAGUAUGGUGACUCUCUAAAACAUAAUAUAUCUCUCUUUCUCUUUCUCUUUCUCUUUCUUUUUUCCAAGUUUGUAACCCACAAAUAAUAUGGAUCAGCGCAUCGCCGCAACCUCAGUCUUCAGGUGGUCUCGGAGUCACCGGAAGAUUCAUAUCCGGCGUCGUAAGUCGCAGGUGGUGCGUCUUGGCGGGAAGAACAAUGCGGUGUCACGUGGCGGAUUCUCGUUAAAGAAGAUGGUGAGGAGGAUGAAGCUAAGAUGGUUGAAGCUACACUACGUGAGACUUGUGAAGAAGAUCAAAGGCUUUUAUCGUAAUUUAGUUAAAGAGUUCGUAGACGCAGGAGCUGAGCUUGAAGCGAUUCAGCAGCGAAUGGCGGUUGAAGCGGCUUCGUUUGCGGUUCCCGGUUUAGGUCUCUCUUUCUCUUCCUUGUCAGUCCAUGACCGAGCACGGUAUUUUAUUGUAUAGUCUCGUUGUCGUAUAUUAAAAUUUUAUUCAUUGUAACUUUUAUUUUAUUUUAUUUUUGCUGUUGUAUCUUAUAAUUAAACUAUUUAUUAUAUAUAUCGUGAUUUCCUAUUUCUUGGAAUAUCACUGCAAGAA